CGUCGAAACUGUAUAUAAAGCCUUGGAACCCCCCGGAUCCUUCCCAUCAACCAAGACAUCCCGCUCAUUAGAUUCUCGAACACCCUCCAUCAUGCGUCUCAGUAUAUAUACCAUUGUCGGGCUGGCCCUCCCCCUCGCCGUGACUGCCAGCCCUCUGACCAAGAGAAAGGAGGUGCAGUGCACGAUAGUCAGCAACGACGGCUGGGUCAAGUGUCGCGAUUCACCUCGGCUGGAUGCGUCCUAUGACUACAGAUACGCCGACGGUUACAAGGGUGACUUCAGAUGCUACAAGGUGGGAGACUGCUACAAGGGGAACUGCACAUGGGACUACAAUGGCUAUUGCUAUGUCAAUGGCUAUUAUACUAGUUCAAAUUGUAAUACGAAAAAUUUGCCCAAGUGCUAAAAGCAUAUGGAUAUAAUCUAAGACGGAAUGGGUUAAGGGGUUGGGGUUGGUGUUUGUUUGGAGUAUAGGGUUGUUAUACUAGGGCUUGAAGUCUCCGGGGUUGCAUGUUCCUGCUGUGCAGAUGGCACCGUUUUGAGUAGUGAUCGUCAGUUGAAUACGAGAUUAAUCUCGCAGAGAUAUGAAGGCGG